UGAAUUCCAGCUUAGCCAAGAACCCAUUUUUUUAUUGCUUCUUUUCUGUCAUUCGUUUCUUCUUGUUCUUCUGCCUGACCCGAUUUUGAAAUUAUUUAUCCAGAAUAUUUUUUAAUUUAUUCGCUUCCUUGUUAUCCAUGGUAUCGGAACUAUGGAAGUCACUUGCCAUCAAAUCCAAAUCAUAUCACACACGAUCGCCCAUACAUGCUACACCUGAACAUGCCGCCGUAUUUAGUCACUCGUCGGAGACAUGGCGACAUGUAGAUCCACUCGAUGCAUCCAAAUCACCGAGUCGAUCAACAAAUUCAUCGCUUCAUCAGCUCCGUCAAAAAAGGGAUAAAGAGACGUCUCGCCAUUUGAAAGAUGGCAAGUCAAAGUCGAAGCGAUCGUCGCUUUUAUCCACGUUGAAAAAAGUGCUGAGUAAGCCACCACCCAAUCCACCAAAAACUACGACCGACGAUCCUUUCUGCCCACGCACUGCAGUGGGAGUGACACCGUCUAGUGGAAAUCAAGAAAUCAACAAGAAAGAAUGCUGUUCAACCCAUUCAAACAAAUUGUCAUUAAACAAGGAAAGCAUUCCUCCUGUGAACCCGGAAUUUCUCAGCAGGAAACGACGCGCUCAUUGGCCCGAGUCAUAUGAUCCCAUCGUGUUCACCAAGACGACAACAGCAACAAACACUUCUGCCGCACGACCGCACGUCCCAGGCAAAUCAUUACUGUCUGCGCAAUUGCAGCAGCAAAACGAGCAAACCGUGAUGAAAACAAAAGCUAAAUUGGAAGCUGCCGCUGCGAGACGGAAAAUGAUAAAGUACUAUCAUAUGCGCGAACAAGCAGAUGCGACAUGGUUGGAAACCCUGCAGAUGAAAAGCGGUCACUAUGGAGACGCAUGGCAUCUAGAGAAAAGCGCGUCAUUGGUGGGUUUGCGACAUCCUCACACUGACCCUCUCAACGCUGAUGUUUUGAUUUGGUGACAAAAAAAAAAGUGACACAGAAACCUUCUUUUUAUGCAGAUCUAUUAAAAAUAGAGAAAAAAAUUCUAUUUUGUCCGAAUUAUUUCCAUGUAUUACCACAACAAAUCACUUCAUCAAUUAUCAAGAUA